UGUCGUCGCUGUCGUUAUCGGACCAGUGGUCUGGCUCCAUGACCCGCUUGAACGGGUCUGCAAAGGGCUCCGGACUGGACUUGACACAAUUGUCGUCAGGAAUCGCUCCGCUCACGUCGAGAAGAUCGAAUACGCAGCUCUCGAGAGGCGGUUCCAUCCGCCAUAAGAGAACGGUGAUCGAUCACGAGCGUAUCGCGUCCUAUGCAUUUGCUUUCGACAUUGACGGUGUCAUUGUCAGGGGACCGGAGACGAUUCCGGAAGCCAAGGAGGCCCUCAAGCUCCUCAACGGUGCAAACAAGUACCACAUCAAGGUGCCCUACAUCUUUGUGACGAAUGGUGGUGGAAGAUCAGAGUCUGCCCGUUGUAAGGAGCUCUCUGAUCGCCUGGGAAUCACUGUCACGGAGGAUCAAGUGAUCCAAGGCCACACGCCAAUGAAGGACCUGGUUGACGUUUACGACACUGUUCUCGUUGUGGGCGGUGUUGGCGACGCGUGUCGUAAAGUGGCUGAGGGAUACGGCUUCAAACAGGUUGUGACUCCGCUGGAUAUCAUGAAGUGGAAUCCUUCAGUGACACCAUACCACACAUUGACGGAAGAAGAGCUCAAAGUAGCCAAGGAUUACGACUUCUCCAAGAUCAAGAUCGACGCCAUUCUCGUGUUUGCUGACUCUAGAAACUGGGCAGCUGAUCAACAGAUCAUCUUGGAGUUGUUACUGUCCAAGAACGGUGUCAUGGGUACCGUUUCUGAAACCUAUGACGAAGGUCCAGGAAUCUACUUUGCACACUCUGAUUUCGUCUGGGCAACUGAUUAUGGACUGUCCAGAUACGGUAUGGGUGCAUUGCAAGUUUCUAUUGCUGCGCUCUAUAGAGAACAUACCGGCCAGGAGCUUCAGGUGACUAGAUUCGGUAAACCUCAACGUGGUACUUUUAGAUAUGCAAACAAAGUGCUCACACACUGGAGAAAGGAUGUAUUAGAGGAGCACGUUGAGAAAACCAGUGUAUCACCAAAACCUGUCUUCUCAGACUCAGAGAGUGACGAUGAGACAAGCGAUGACGAGCCAUUGACUGUGCAGAAACUCUCACAACUGACUCUGGACUUACCUCCAGCUUCCACAGUGUACUUUGUUGGUGAUACCCCAGAAUCAGAUAUCAGAUUCGCCAACUCCCAUGACACAUCCUGGUAUUCGAUUCUCGUCAAAACUGGUGUUUACCAAGAUGGUACAGAGCCUCGUUAUAAACCAAAGCACACGUGUGAAAACGUGUUGGAGGCUGUAAAGUUUGCCAUUGAGAGAGAACACCAGAAGGAGUUGAGUGAAUGGAAUGACGGUGCUAUCGAUGUGCCAGUUGUUCUUGAUGAGACUGAAGUGGUGACGACUGGCACUAAAGAUGUGCUAUCGAAUGAACAGCUGAUUGCAAAUGCUAAGACGGCCUAAACGAAU